AUGUGGCCCGACAGGUCUGAUGGGAAUGCAGAGACGCACAGAGGAAGAGACAGAGAGAGAUAAAGAGAGAGAGAGGCCGGGAGGUUGCUGAGUGACUGACAAGCCUGUCAACCAGGUGGACAUAGGAGCAGUCUGACUAGAAUAAGAACACUGACAUAGUUGUGUUUGUGUUGCUGAGUGUGGAAUUGUAAUUGCACCUGAUUAUUUCACUCACAUAGAGGAAAGUUCAGGGCCCUGUGGACUCCCACCACCACCACCAGACUUUGCAGAGUGGAAUUUCCGUCCUCUUCUCUGGCUGGAGCCGGGGGCAGAUGGUCGCUCUGAGAGUCUGAGCCGAACUCAGGAAGGAGCAGCGAGAGGAAGGGUGGGAAAGGGGGCCGGAGAGGGAGAGGAAGAGAAACAAGGAGUGGACAGAAGAGGAGACAUGCUUCGCUACGGUGCAGGACGAAAUGUUUCCACCUCCACAACAACAACAGAGGACUCUUCAGAGUUUUCAGAGAGGAGGAUCAGGCGCCUCAGGUUAACUCUACACGCGGCAGAUAAUGAAAACAAGGAGUCAAAAACCUCAAACUCAGAUACAGCUGAGAAAGAGAAGGACGUCAAUGUGGCAAGGAAGAAAAAGAAUGGGUUGAUCCAAAGAGAGAGGCCAGCUGGCAGAGAGUCACCUCAGCGGCAGCUCGGAGACAUGACCAAUGGGGCGCCAGAGACCUCACUGCAGAAUCAUGGGCCCAAAGUGUACGGCGUAGUGCAGAGGACGGGUUCGGACAGACAGCAGGAGGUGAUGGCGCGCGAGUGGACGGCCAAUCACCUUCAGGGUGAGAUGAAGUACAUCAAGGAGGUGAGAGAUUCUUUGGAGAAGGUGAGAGAGCGGAUGUACGGGCAGUUCGGAGGCAUGCAGCAAUCAAUGCAGAAACUUUCACAGGAAAUCAGGGCUGCCAAUUCACAUCGCAGGAGUCUGGAGUCAGAGGUGAGGGUCCGGACAACAGCCAUGGAGAGCUUCGAUCAGAUGAACAGCUCCCUUAUAUCUGCUAACAUCGGCCUGCAGUUUCCUUUGCAGAAAUCCCUUCUGGACAACUGUCAGAGAAGAGUGGACUCGAGAGACGAGGUGAAGAGUUUGCGCAGCACCUGUGAUAAAACACAAGAACAACUCAGAGACAAGGAGAAGGAGCUGGCGGACAUGCAGGUUGAAAACCAGACUUUAAAACUGCAGCUGGAGUCUGCACAGGAGGGCAACAAUCAGGUGCUGCAGGAGCUUUCAGCAAAACUACAGGAGGAGUACAAGGAGAAGCUGCAGACGGAACAACAGAAACACAGGGAGGAGAUUGAAAACCUACAGGCCCAACUCGACGAGUACAUCAGGCGACUGGAGGAAGCAGAGAGAAACAUCCGGAUUGCAGAGGCCAAGAUUGCCGAGAGGGACCAGAGGAUCAUUGAAGUUGAGCGACUACUGGACUGUAUGGGACAGGAAAAGAGUCAACUCUACAAUAAACUGCAGGAAUGUGAACAGCGUCUCCGCUUGAUGGAGCUGGCAGACAAAACUGAUGCAACUGUCAACAAAAGGUCCAAAGAGCUGCAAUCUGAAUCUGUGGACCUACGUGAGAGAAUCAAACACUUGAACGACAUGGUGUUCUGCCAGCAGAGGAAAGUCAAAGGAAUGAUCGAGGAGGUUGGAUCACUGCGAGUUCAAGUGGCUAAGAAGGAUAUGUUCAUAUCAGAGCUGCUGGACAGAAUUGCGAUAGUGGAGUGUGAGAAUAAUGAAUUAGAAGACAAGCUGAAGUAUUUUAUGUCCAUACAGAAUAGGCCAAGAGAGGUUUUGGAAACCAAGGAGAUAGGAGUAGGGUGCGAUCUGCUCCCCAGACGUGAAGCAAAAAGGCAUGAUUUUGAGCUUCCUGUUCACUAUGAAGAAACUAAUCUCCAUCCCAUACAACAUCCACCACCUGUUCAACAUCCACCACCAAUGAAAACUCCAUCUCCCACUCUACCUCCGUUCCCCACUCAACCUCCAGCCCUGAUGCAACCUCCAUCCCCCACUCUACCUUCGUUCCCCACACAACCUCAACCCCCUAUACAACCUCCAUCACCCACUCUACCACCACCCCCGAUACAACCUUCUUCCCCCACACAACCUCCAUCCUCCAUGCAACCUUCCUCCCCUACAUCUCCCAUUCAAAAUCCAUUCUACAACCUAACAAAGCCCACACAACCAAGGACGUUCACGUCUAAUAACCCUCCACCCAGCAGGCUGGACUCCAGUUUACUGAGGUACACUCCUGUCCAGUACAGCCGUUACCUGCAGUCCAACCCCUCGAGUGCGAUGUUACCCUACAGCCGCACGUUUGAAUCUGAGCCGCCUGUGAGUCCAGUCCAGUUCGGUAGAGAUGAGGUGGACGCAGAAACUAACACAGACACAGGAUCAAGUCCCAAAGAAUCCUCUCCUUCCCCGUCUUCUUCUCGACCAAGAUCAAGAGCACCUCAAGUUUAUACACCGUUCAUGAAACUUAUGGAAAUAACAGCAAAGAUAAACAUAGAGUGAUCUUUAGGUAAUAGUUGUUGCUUUUUUUGCAGAGAGUUAAAUGAGAAGAUUAUAUAAAUAUAAAGACUGAAAACAGAGAGAAAAAGCUGCACUGCAGGCUUUGUCCAAAAGUAACAAACUCUAUAUUAUAUUAUUAUACAUU